UCAGUUAAAGUGUAACUAUAAAAUAAAUUUGCAAUGCUGGAAAUUACCCCUAUAAAAAUACAAAUACUGCUUGUACCCAAUGAAACUGUCCAGAGUAGGGCAGAAAUUUUCGUCCUCUUUCCUAGUAACAGGUAAGACUACUGUUGCAGGAUUCCUGAGUUUUAUAACAAACAUGACUACGGCCCCGGGGAACUGGGCAGUGAUGGUUGGAUGGAGACCAAUACUUCAGCCCACAAGUAUGUGGUUCCGCCUGUCCGUCGUCCUUUCUGUCCGACCUGCCAACCUCGUCAGAGAGGACGACUGCUCACCCGGCGACACGGAGUCGAGCCUGUCCCAGGGACACACACGUGGUGUCUCCGACGACUGCACCGAACGAACACCACCUUCAUGUAAAGUUCUCCAGCUCCUUAGAGUGCGGAGAAUCCAGCAGAUGCUCUCCUUCCUUGAGUACGACGACUUCUGGCCUUGGCGUCCGACGUAUACCUCUCGCAGGCCUGGACCAAAGAGUGACGAUUAAAAACUAGAAGAUGGCACCAACAACAGUUACCAACACCUGUGGCAUUAUACAGCAACCCUCCCACAACUACCCUAACAACAGCAACCAGCCCCUGCAGCAUCUCAGAACAACAGCCCUCCUUCCACACCUACCCUAAACCUUCCCCUACUCUUUUCUUUCUUCCCCCUCCCUCAAGUAUCUCAUCUACCACCCACCACCGACACAAACACACAUCAAUGCAAAAUCAUCCCAGGUUUAAGCACUUAACCUUUGUCGGUGUCAUCAAUAACAAUAGAACCUUGUGCAAACAGCCUUCCGAUAGAUGAGGUAGAAAAAUGAAUGAGCAUUUAUCAAAUGAUGAAUGCCAACUCAGUGUUCUGAACAGAAGUGUUUGCCAGUCAGCAGUUCACUGUCACAGGUGUCAACUUACAAAAAUGUUUGCCAGUGAGCAAUUUAUUGUCACAUGCGCUAGGACCUCUCUUCACAGCAAGAAGCAUUCAAGGCUAUGCAAUGUGAAGAAAUACUUUAUUCCAAAGGCAAUGAAAACCAUCGUUAAUAUAACACUUACUGCAUCUAUUUUCAUGUAUUUAUAUGUUCAUUUUUAACUGUUAUCAGUUGCUUACUGAUGUUUUAUUAUUCGUGCAGCUCACAUCCAGAAACCAUAUGACCUGCCACUCUCUAUCCAAAGGUUGAUCUACAUAAGCAUUUAUUAAAAUUUUUAACCUUUGCAUGCAUGAAAAUGCUCACACAUUUCUGCAGGUAAGCAGACCCUCCAUGUGUGUACAGGUGUACAUGAUGUUAAAUAACUCUAUAAUCUAGCUCUGGGCCAUGGAAUGAGGAAAACCAUCUGAACGAAAGUCACACCUUGGCUUCAGUGAUUGGGGGAUAUGAGCAUUCUUUACAAACCAUUUUUCCCCGAAGUUAAUUCAAAUGGGAUAGGGUUAUGUUUAAAAUUAACCCCAAAUUAACUAAGAAUAUGCUCAUUCAUCCACAUGAGGCACAUUAUUUACAUUAACAAACACAAAUGAGCUUGGACUUGAUGACCCUGUUGUCCAAUAGUUCUGACAAAUCCACUAACACCACAGAACUCAACACCAGACAUUACAUAUGGAAAUUCAUAUUUCUUCUCAACUCUUCAGUCAUAUAAAAUUACGUCUGCAUCAAGUAUUUCCAAGUGAAAAGAAAUGUUUAUUUUCAAAUGUAAAAGAAAGGCAAAAAACAUACAUUUUAAAGGUGACUAUAGAUCCUCUUGUCUACAUAUUUCAUGGUUAUAGAUUACAUCGGUGGACCAAAAAGAACUGUACACAUAAUGCAUCUUGUGCAAUCUUCAGUCACAGAUUAAAUUCAGAUCUUCAAACAAAGCAGAAAAAAUG